AUGAUAAGCGCGACCUCAAGACCAUCUAGCCCACCCCUGACGCCUGUCGUAUCAGAGUCGAGCCCCAUAUCUCUCCUCUCUGCAGAGCUGCUCACUCUUAUUCUCGACUUCACUCUCACAUCAGCGUACUCGUCAGAUGCUUUCGCUUGUGGGCCCGAUGACGAUAGCGUCUUCCUUGCUGCGCGGCUCACCGCUUCUCUUUCAUCAGUGUGUGCGCUCUGGCGCGCUGUGGUCCUUGGAAACCCCCUCUGGCACGACACAAUAUCGCUCGUUCCCCCUAUGUGGAAUCGGAAUCUGCAGAAGGGUCUCCAGAGGGUGAAAGUUCAAAUCGAGCGGAGUUCCCAGGUGCCGCUGGAUCUCAGAAUCUUUGGACACGCGGACUAUACAACAUGCUCUGCAUACAACAAGAGAAAUCGCAGGAGCAAUGAUAGCAGCACAAGCAGCCAGAAAAUGGAUCAGGAAGCGCAUGAAACUCCCAAAUGGAAAGAAUACAAGCCUCUUUUUGAGUUGCUGGGGCCGCAUCUAUCACGAUGUCGCUCAUUGCAGCUGCGCGGCGUAUUUGCAAAACCCACUUCUUCUAUCUCUUUUAGCUUUAUUUCGAAGUUUCUUGACACAGAUAUGCCGCUCCUGGAAACAUUUAUCUUUGAAGCGGAUCUGUCGCACUACGACGACCUUAUGUCUUCACCUUUAAGCCUCUUCCGUUCUGCGCCACGUCUAAAGCAGUUGCGGAUGGUCGGGGUUGGGAUCAGCCGCUUCUCACUUCCUUCCAAUGCACAAUCACUCACAUCCCUUCACCUGUCCCGAUCAUCAUCCUCUUCCUCGUACGAUUUCACCGCCUUUUCCUCACUAUCUGCUGUUCUCUCUUCCUGUCCGGCUUUACAUACCCUGGCGGUGUAUGACGAGGUCCUGCGCUCAUUUCCAGGAUAUUCUUCAUUCUUCUCAUGCCCCGUACCCUCGUUAGAAGUAGUGAUGAUACUUGGAAACAUGCUCUCAGUGUCAGAGCUUCUGUUAUUCCUUGACGCACCGAACUUGAAGGAAGUUGUGAUCGCCCCGAUUGUGCCGAGCGAUCUCAACCUGUUGAUGAACGUCGUGCAGCCUGGUUGGGAUGCGAACGACCAGAAUGCUACCCCGGACGCAAUCGUAUUACCCAGCGACGUCCGUUCGAAGCUCAAAUUUCCAAACCUGAGGACGCUCACACUUGCUCCUGCACACCCUGAAGCUGUCGAUGCGCUAACCCUCGCAUCUGCGUGCUUCCCGUUCGUCGAGCAUUUGAUUCUCGCGAAUAUUUACCUGUCCCCGUUCAAGAUGCUUUUUGCGGGCGGCCUGGGCGCGGCUGAUUUGGAAGAUGGGCUGGAGGUUGAUGGUGGUGGGGGAUCAUCUGAGGAAUUUGCAGAAUGGGAUAAUGAAUGUGACAGGGAUAGCGACGACGAGGGGGCGAACGAUGCUCAUGUACGGCACGCUGCAAACGGGGACUCGAAACUCAACGCCGAUAGUGCACAUGACAUCGACAGUGAUAGCGAUACUGGCGCUACAACUCACAACCCCGCCAAUCCAGUCGCUGGCUCCAACGCCAACGACGGAGAGCGAGUAGCGAGAAGGAGGACACUCUUCCCGAACAUGCUCACUUUGUCUUUGACAGCCGUCGAUGGGCGAUAUGCACAGGCGAUCCGGGAUGUGCAGGUGCUGCGCGGGUUUGGAUUUGAAGAUGCCGCUCGUGCGUCCUGUGGGGAGCAGUAUCAAUCCUACUUGAAGAAGCAAAAACGGAAGAAAUGGAGGUCGAAGCACAGUGCCGCGCGCAAGCGGCUGCUAGCGCUCACACGGGGGGCAGGCGGUGCUUGUGUUCCGCUGCACGCUGUCUACCUCGAUACUGAGUCGCACGUCCGGGUGGGUGAGGCAGCGUAUGUGUGGAAUGAGUUUGGGCAUGAUUAUGACUGGCUGGAGAACUCGGGGCAAGAGGACGGUGAGGCGGAGGAUAUGCAUAAGGGGAAAAAGAAAGAUGAGUUGAGAGACUACGAUAGGUAUGUUUUGAAGGCAGACGCCUGGGAAGCAAGGAGGCGCAUGGCUCUGUUUGCGCAGACGAAGGAUUUGUAUGUUGGACAGCCGCAGGAUUUUGAUGAUUAUUGA